AUGCUUCUAUCCGAAUUUCCUCAAGAAUUAAUCAGCAAUAUCCCACCCUUUCUUGCUCUAAAAGACAAAGGAUCUUGCUCUCUUGUAUGCAAAACAUGGCGCAUACCGUUUCAGGAGUCCAUGCACUCUGACUUGAUCAUUUGCAACAAAUACCAAUUACACGAGAUGUUUGAAAUACCCAAGGGAAAUGAAACACCAAAACAAGAUACUAGUCACCUUUUACGAUUCCUAACCUUGCGCCAAAACAUGGACCUAUCCGACGAGCAACUUUAUACCCUACAAUAUAAAUUUCAGAAUAUCAAGUAUCUUCAUGUCGGAGCAGAUAGUCUGAGCUCCGUAAAUUUUGGAAUCACUGCAGAUUGGUACCUUUGGAGAUUAUUGAGGGAACUAUCUAUAAAUCUGGGUGACGAACGAAUACCAGACGCCGAGAACGCAUACCUUGAAAUUAUUUUACGUUUACCUCUGCUGACAUAUUUGAAGAUUGUUCGCGGACCUUUGGAUCCCACACGGUUAACAUUCACUUUAAACGACCUCGAAACAAUACAUACACAUUUAUUACAUCUCAAUCGUCUGGAACUAAGCUCAGAUUUAUUACCUCUUUCUGAAACCGAUCUUACCCGUAUAACCAAAAUAUCACCAGCUAAUAAGAUGACUUUAUUCGGCAUAAACACUAAAAGCACAGAUCACAGGUGGCUGUGCUAUUUUGCCCGCAAAUACCCUAAUAUACGUACCCUCAAUUUCUCAACAUCCAACUGCGAACCCGAACUCGAGAGACAAAGGGACAGCAUAAUAACUUUAUUCAAACACGUGUCCCACCCUUUCCAGCAUCUGAAAACCGUAAACAUUGGAAACUACAAUUGCCCACGUAAAGAAUACCUACUUUUUUGGGACAUGAUAGCGCCCUGUCAGAUACCGUUAAAGAACAUAUCCCUUAUCGCACGCAAAUUAUCCAACACCUCGUACUCAUCCGAAGAGCUUGAAGGUUUGAGCAUCGACAUUAUGAAACUAUGCUUGCAACAGUUUUCAAACACCCUGGAAAGCGUUUCCAUUGAAUACGAUUACAAUGAUGCAAUUCCUAUAGACCUAAAUGAAAUAGUUGGCACCACUUGUAACUUGGUUCAUCUAAAACUCGAUACCGCGCUCGUGUCAUUCAAGCUUGACCUCCUCCUCGACAAAACACCUUGCUUAAAAUCAUUAGGCCUCAAAAAAGCUCACGUCGAGAUUGAUUCAAUUACGUUCAGCAAUCCAAAGAGACACGCACUACAAUCAUUAAAAAUAUUUCGAUCACAGAUUGUAUCGGAUGUGCUUCGUUAUCUAUCAUUCCACUGUAGAGAGCUUAAUGUGUUGGACCUCGUAAACACAAAAGUAUUUGGCUCGAUUUCUUCAACAACAGGAUGUAAUUUUAUCGACAUGACCUAUACCCGUUUCAAGUCGUUACUCAUCCGAAAUACAGAAUUUAUUAUAAAAGAGAAUGAAGUGUGUAAUGAAAAUAUCGAUAUUACGGUCAUCACUCAUCCGGUUAAUGACAUGCCUCCAAAAGACGACAAUGAACCUUCAAAUUCUCCGGUUUCUAUUGGGCUCCCGCAUAUCAAGGCACGCUAUCACUGGUUCUACAGAGAGAGAAGUUGUACUAUGAAAGCAUUCUCCAAAUCGCAAGGUUCACGUGUUGGAAAGUUCUUUGCUGAAUUUGAGAGGAAGAAAGAGAACGCUCUAAAAACCAACUUUUACCUUGACCAAGUAAAUAAGAAAAAGGUCAAUUGGAAAAGGAAUUGUGUUUAUGGCUACACAAAGAUAAAAUGCGGUUAUGUAGCUGACUGUCAUAUUGAAGCCAAAUAAUCAUAAUAUCUAUUUGUAUAUAAUAAACUGUGUAUUUUAUUUUUGUC